AUGAGCUUCAAUUCCAGAUCAGAUACUGACUACGAUUCAAAUACUGGUAGAGCCGAUUCCGGAACCAAUUACGAGCCCAAUUCUGGUUGGGGUGCGGAUGGCAAGACGCAGAUAAAAUCACACUAUGUGGCUAUAUUAUUAGUGAUAGCAGCAGGUUUACUCUUGUUCCAUUUCAGACACAAGCUUGCAGAAGCGCAUGACAGAUGGAGAACACGUAGAAGAGCAGCGUCUGGAUUCUAUGAGAGACUUGGAACUUUCCAGGAUAAUAUAGCUGCUGGAUUUCUGAGUGCCAACUUUGAUCUUGAAGCCAAUGUAGCUGGCGGAGACACUAGAAAAGGUCUUCUGGAGGAAGCAUUGGCUGAAAUUCAACGCAUUAUGGAUUCUAAGAGAAAGACCUUUGAUGAGGCCAGAUUGGAGUAUACUCAGAGCGAACUUGGACGUAACGGCGUAGAUAAGGACGGAGUUCCCUUGGAUCCCAAGCUAGUGACGUUCUAG